AUGGGUGCUGGUGUCUUGAAGGGCGACGUGAAGGAUGUGCUUUUGUUGGACGUGACGCCUCUGUCCCUGGGCAUCGAGACCCUGGGAGGGGUCUUCACCCGUCUUAUCACCAGGAAUACGCCGGGUCCUCAGAAGGAGAGGACGAUCCCGACGAAGAAGUCGCAGGUCUUUUCCACCGCCGCUGACAACCAGACACAGGACUGCCUUCGUGCCGACAAGAUGGCGUUGCAGAGAGGUCGAUGGCUGUCAGCCUUGUUGCUGGUACGGCUAUGCGCAUCAGAGGUCCCUUUCAAAGUUCCCUUCCAAGUGGUGAGGCCGACUGCGAAUCAUUCUUCAAUGCUGCCUGUCCCAGAGGGGUUGGCAAGGCUAGCACAGCAUCCGAGCAGCAUUUCCAUCGUGUCAGUCGUCGGCCCUUUCCACUCCGGGAAGAGCUUCUUGCUGAAUGCGCUGUUGGGUGACACCCAGGUCUUUUCCAUCGGUCGAAAGACAUCCCCAGAGACAAUGGGCAUCUGGAUGUGUCGCACAGAAUGGAAAGCGCAUGACGGGUCGGAGGUGUGGCUCAUGGACUCCGAAGGCUUUUUCGGCCCAGGUGUGGCUGAAAGCUACGACGCCAAGAUCUUUACGAUAGCAACGCUGCUCGGUGGGCACCUGGUCUACAAUACCGUGAAGAUCAUCGACCAGCAGGCAGUGAACCUCCUCGAGAUGCUUGCCCGUCGUGCACAGCUGUUUCGAACCCGAACAUCGACCGAACCAGCGAAUCUCGACACGCCCGAAUUCCUCAGCGUGAGAAGCUUCCCUCCCUUGACAUGGGUGGUAGAGGACUUCGUGCAGGAGUUCCCGGAGGCGCAUGCCUACGCUUCCGAUCCGGCCACCGCCUGGCUCAGGUCCUACUUGUCUUAUGCCAAUGAUACCUCAGGAGAAGAAGUGCACAUUCUCUCCAAACUCUACAGCGACGUGAAGGUGAAGACGCUGUUUCUGCCAGCGACUUCAAAGCCAGAGCUCCAGGAUCUAUCCAAACUUCAGUGGUCCCAGCUCACCUCCGAAUUCAAGAAGGAACUCGGGGAGUUGAAAACGCACAUCCUGGGGAGCUUGCAUGCUCGGUCCUUCGAGGGCGAGCCUAUGACGGGCCGCACCUUGGAACGGUCGCUGCGCUUCAUUGUGCAGGGUCUGCAGCGCGGCAUGUUCCACGAGUUGCCAUCCCUCUGGACGACUUGGACACAGCAACUGGUUAAGAGGGAGGGGGUGUGGAACGCAAAGCUUUCCUUGUGCAUGUUGAUGCUGCUUAUGAGGCAGGUUGCAGAGAUGUCUUUGCAGGAUGCGGAUACUUGGUUUUCCUCGCUCAUGUCCAGCAUCGACCAGAGCGAAGACCCUAUCCCACUGCGAGACUUCAACGACAAGGUGGAGGAGGCACGGACCCGGUCAGUUCAGUUCUACAUGGAGCUCCUGCGAGACUUCGAUGUAAGCCCGGACAUUCCUGAGCUCCGAAAACGAAUGGCAGUGCAUUUUCAGCACAAGCUCCUCCUAUACCACGAGCGAGUACAGCGAUGGACCAACGAGGCCAUAGUCAAGGAAAAGGAAUCCUUCGGCCGGUCCCUAACGGAGCGUGAGCUUCCUUUUGAUCCGGAUCUCUUUCGGAAGACAGGGGAGGAGGGUAUCCGGAAGACGGUGGCUGGUUUCAGUACGAAGCUUCAGGUCUUCGCAGCGCGGGGGCAAAAUCCUGUUCACGGCAAGGCAGCCUCUAUGCCGGCCUUUGCGCAGGACCCGGCGAGCCAGCUUAGUGUAGACUUGCACACAAUGCUGGGUGCUCGUGAGCUGGAGAACGAGCGGGAAAUCUUGCAGCAUUUCAAAGCAGCUGUGGCGGCUGCUGAUGAGGCAGUUGACCGUGAGCUGAAGCUGGUCGGCAACAAGCUGUUGGGCAAGUCGCAGCUUAAGGAGCUGCAGUCCAUAGUGCAAUCGCGCUGCUGGCAGGCCUUUGAUGACAAACUGGCCGGACACAAAUGGAUGAAGCUUCUCAGCCAUCACAAAACCCACAAGGCUCUGGUACAGACAGAGACCUACGAAAACCGGAUGACCCGCUUCACCGCAGCCAACGACCAGAGGCUCAGUGCACACUUCCGGGCGGCCCUGGAGCGCUGCAUCAGCUCCUACAAGACCCGCAAGACCAACUUAGCGAUGCCCUCCUCGGAGUCGGACCUCGCCGCGGAGCACCGGCAGCUGGCGGCAAGCAUUCGGGAGAUGUUGGAUGAGCAGGGUCGUGAGCUCCAAGAUACCGAUGCACACCGCGGCGCCCUGAGAAGCCUGGAGUCUGUCCUGGACGAGGGAUUCGUGCACAUCAAGCAGAAGAACAUCGAGCUUUGGAAGGUCCACUCGGACGAAGCUACGCGCUGCGCCUUGAAGGAGAAUCAAGCUGCCGAGAAGAACUGCCGGAUGUCGCAAAGUAUGCAAAAUCAGGUUUUCGAAGAUUGGUACAACAAGGUGGGCAUCAAAGUCUUCCAGGGCGAGCGUGAGAUGGCGGCAGACAACCAGAUGUUGGGGCAGUUCGACCUGGUCGGCAUCCCCCCAGCACCUCGGGGGGUGCCCCAGAUCGAGGUGGCCUUUGAUAUCGACGCGAACGGCAUUGUGAAUGUCAGUGCGUCUGACAAGGGAACGGGCAAGAAGCAGGCCAUUACCAUCCGGUCCAGCGGCGGCCUCUCAGACUCCGAGGUGGAACGCAUGGUCCAAGAAGCCGAGCAGAUGCGAGAAGCCGACCAGAGGAAGAAGGACACCGUGCAGGCGAAGAAUGAGGCCGAGACUCUCGCCUACCAGGCAGAGAAGCAGCAGACGGACCUCAAAGACAAGAUGAGCACUGCCGAUGCGGAUGAGCUGAAGAAGCUCACGGAGGAUCUCCGGGCGUGCCUCGCGAACGACGAUGCCGACCUGGAUGACGUGAAGCAGAAGACCAAGGAGCUCCAGGAAAAGGUCUGGAAGGUCACGCAGCAGGCUUACCAGCAAGGAUCUGCCAGCGAGGAGUCCAGCUCCAAGCCAGAGGAGGAG